AUGGCUUGCUCUGAUAUCUCGCCGUGUGCGUGUCUACCCGAAACGAACAAGGGGAAAAGAAGGCUCCCUAGGAUUGGGUUUGAACCAAUGUUGGAAGACAACCAUACAUCUUUUGCUGUGAGAGAGGAUGGUUCUACCAGCCCUUCUUCACACAAACACAGAACAUCAACUGGAACAGUUAGAGGCUUCAGUAGUGAUCCUUUGGAAUUUAGAUAG